UAGAUUAAUGUAAAUAAACACACAGAUCUAUCAGUAAAUGAACAGCCGUAUUCAUAACUGCAUCGAGUUCAGGUUUGCGAAAGAGGAAGCAAGGGAAGAGGUCCAGACCAUCAGGUCUUAGACAGAGGUGACGAGGACAUGGAAAAGACCGAGUUGUGGACACAACAGAAGCAUCGCCAUAAAAUGUCACUAGAAGCCUUUAGACAUUUGGUUGACAAUCUUGUGGAGAUGGACCUUAGCCCGUUUUCUUACCUCUGUUUACAAAGUGGUAAACGUGACGAUCGGGAAAGCAGUCCUCCCCGUAACACGCCAACAUGGUGCAUAUGUCACCACUGUGAUGAGAUGCCCAAAGUUGUGGAGAGGAAAUGUUGCGGCAAAACCCCGGAGCUUUGUGUUUCGAAACGAUCGCAGAUGGAUAAAUUGGUGUUGGACCCAGAAGUGCUUUAUAUUGGAGAUGUAUGUCAGGCCAACCUACUGGAAAUGAUUUCAGAUAAAGCAGACGUCAGGCACCGAUAUAUGAGGCAAGCUGCCUACAGGAACUUUACCUUGUGGCAAGAAGGACGUUUGGGAAAAUCGAAUAGGAAGCCGGUGCCGAGUUGUUGUGUUUGGAGAAUAAGGGACAAAUUUCCGGACAGCAACAAAAGAUACACUGGGUUUUUCCGCAAACGAUUUGCUUCAAAUACACUAAGUUAGAGACUCAAAUACUCUUAGAACUCUUAGUUAGAGACUAAGUGAGUGUGUGCAGACAUUGGCGUUCAUCCAAUCUUGAAGGUGUGAUCAAGAUGGACGCAACACACACACACACACACACAUGAGGCGCCUAAAAAUUCUGUUAAUUGAUACAAAUGCCAAAAAUGAAUUACACUGUAACAUACCACAGGAACUUAGUUUGUUAGAGUUAUAUUUGGACCCAAACUAAGGUGAUAAGAGUAAUUUCAUAGGUUUUAGGAGUUCAGAUCGACUAUAUAUAUUAUCAUCAUUUGGAGUGGCUUUUUUUUUUUUUUACCGAAAAUUGAUUUAAACCUCAAAUAUGUAAAAAUUACCCUGUUCACCAUAGUUUGGAUUCAAAUACACCUGUAACAAAUAUUAUCAGGUCCCUGUGAAUCGGUCUACAGUUGAA